GACCGUUCUCUGACAUACGGCGAAGACAAUAGGAUUGUCCAAAGGGGGAGGGGGGGGUUGAUCUCUAAUGCAUCAAGUAGUUUGAGUUAAGAUGUUUGCCUGAUAGUUCGGUUAGCCGCAGCGAUGGUUGAUACAUUCCAUCGAUCGAGGAUCCCAAGUCGCUGGUGUCUGAACUCCGUACUAAUAAAAUUCCUUCCUCCCGAGUCCGUGGUAACCCCAAUGCUUGUCUGUGGUUCUGUUGAGAGUAUCGAGUGUCUGCCGUGUUUCAAAGCUUUCCGUGUCACUCUUUUCUCAGGAUGAGCUUCACAGAUCUGCUGCGUCGAGGCGAUGGCUCGGUGGAUAGAUCGGUGCAACAGUGGAACACGGCGACACAGUCACUCUGUAUCGCUGCGAUGACGAUUUUCUUCGGUCUACGAGUAUACACUCGGUUGUUCAUUCUCAAUGGGUUUGGAAGAGAGGACUGGACAUGUCUAGGAGCAUGGAUACUGGGCGUUGGCUACUCUAUCAUCUCGCUCAUCAUGGGUAGCUAUGGAGGUGGUAUGCACAAGUCCGACGUGCCAGAGGAGAAUCUCAUUCCAUUCCAGAAGACCGUCUACGUGACAAUGGUCAUGUACGGCCCAGCCGCCUUUCUCACCAAGCUCUCCCUCCUCUGGAUCAUGACCCGCGUCUUCAAUCCAUACCGCAAAGCCGUCAUCUUUAUCUACGCCUUCCUGGGUAUCAUGUUGGCCUACUACAUCCCCGCCGUUAUUGUCAAGAUCCGCAUCUGCAAACCCAUCUCCACAUUCUGGAACCCUGACAACGGUGGCACCUGUCUGGACCAAACGGCUAUCAUCCUGGCCGAUGCUGUCGUCAGUGUGGUCAGCGAUCUGAUCGUGCUUAUUCUCCCCCUUCCGCUGACGCUCAGUCUGCAAAUGCCCACAAAUCGAAAGAUGCGAGUGAUGGGCAUGCUGGGUGCUGGAGGACUAGCGGUUGCUUGCAGUAUCAUCCGCCUUGCUUUGAUCGAAAUCAUCGGGCAAUCCCCAGAUGCGACUAUGUCCUUCCUGCGGAUCAGUAUGUUUGGUAACGCCGAAAUCGCAAUCGGAGUCAUCUGCGCUUGCCUUCCUGCCCUCUCCGCCCUCGUCACGAAAAUCCACCGUGAAUACUCCAGCAACAAGACCACAUACCCCUCGAACUACGAAAUGAGCAAGGGCUACGGCCAGAGUCGCACCGAUCGUAGCAAGCACGGCUUGACUACGCUGGCAGACGACGAGGACGUCCUGAUGUACAAUGCGCAGGGGAACCCGAAGAUCGAGACUUCGGUCAUGGGCGAUGCCGACAGACAGGGCUCACCUCAGAGUGAUCAGAUGGGAAUCAUGAAGACGGUCGAUAUGUCUACAUCAGUGACAACAGAUCGGCGAUAGGAAAAUAAGGAGAAGAAGAAAAAAGGUUCCCCUGUUCCGGGAUUGACGUUCCUUACCCAUUACCAUCUUUCGGCAAUUUCAUACCUGGUUUAUAUUCAGUCACUUGUAUAUAUAUCGUACCUGUACAAAAUUUAGUUCUCUUUGUUUCUAUAGUUCGGGGGUUUAAAAGAAUACGAACCGAGAAGAAUCGUUCAUCUCUUGUGCGA